AGUGAGUGAGGGGCAAGGCGGCCGGGUGUGGGUACUGCGCAUGGGCGUCGCUGAGUGCUGGGGUUUGAAGUUGUGGAGGAGGGUAGAGGCGAUAACCGGAUUUCUGUCGCUCCUGGGGCCCUGGGAGCCCUGGUCUGCGCCCACAAGUUGUGCCGACUAUUUUUUUUUUUUUAACUCCCGAAUCUUGGCUUUGGCGUUUGGGGAAGCCGAGCUCUCGCUCUCGAGCCCGUUUUCCUAGUUCUCGCGAGGUUGGCGGCGGCCCGAGCACAACCCCGAGCCGGUAUCGCCCAGGACGACGCCGGGAGGCCUACCCCGAGCCAGCCCGACGCGCGACCCCACCGCAGACCCGCGAUGGAAGAGGACCUGCUUUUGGCCUUGCGGCUGCAGGAGGAAUGGAACCUGCAGGCGGCGGAGCGCGACCGGGCCCAGGAGCCGCUGUCGCUUGUGGAUGCGUCCUGGGAGUUGGUGGACCCCACGCCGGAUCUCCAGGGCCUGUUUGUGCAGUUCAACGACCGGUUCUUCUGGGGCCAGCUGGAGGCCGUCGAGGUGAAGUGGAGCAUGCGGAUGACCCUGUGUGCUGGGGUCUGCAGCUAUGAAGGGAGGGGCGGAAUGUGCUCCAUCCGGCUCAGCGAGCCCCUGUUAAAGCUGAGACCAAGGAAGGAUCUCGUGGAGACCCUCUUGCAUGAAAUGAUACAUGCCUACUUGUUUGUCACUAAUAAUGAUAAAGACCGGGAAGGGCAUGGGCCAGAGUUCUGUAAACACAUGCAUCGUAUCAACCGCCUGACGGGAGCCAACAUAACGGUGUACCACACCUUCCACGACGAGGUGGACGAGUACCGGCGGCACUGGUGGCGCUGCAGCGGGCCGUGCAAGCACAAGCCACCGUAUUACGGCUACGUCAAGCGCGCCACCAACAGGGCGCCCUCUGCUAACGACUACUGGUGGGCCGAGCACCAGAGGGCCUGUGGGGGCACCUACGUGAAAAUCAAGGAGCCGGAGAACUACUCGAAGAAAGGCAAAGGAAAGACAAAACUAGAAAAGCACCCAUUAUCAGCGGUGGAGAAUAAAGAUAAACCCAGUAGAGGCGAGGCACAGCUUUUAAUCCCGUUUAGUGGCAAAGGGUACGUUCUCGGAGAAGCGAGCAGUCUGCCUUCCUCCGGGAAACUGGUCACCUCCCGGGCUGUCACCAAAACCCCGGACCUAAGUGAGCGCCAGUCAGCAGCCGCCGGAAGACCUUGUGCCAAAGCUGGAGGGGAAUUUGAACAGAAUGUUUCGAGUAAAAAACCUCACCUGGCCUCCCCCUUUCUUAACACCGGUCACCAAAGUGUCCUAAGCAGCUACUUCCCCAGAGUCCCAGUGGCCAGCCAGAAGGCCUUCCGAGGUGCGAGUGGGUCUCCAACAGAAAGUCUCCCAAUGGGCGACGUCACCAGAAAUGCCGUCUCUGCCAGUUCUCAGAGGAGGGUGACAGCGUCCAAGGUCUCCCUAAGAAAUUCCUCAAAAGCUGUGGAGUCGACGCCUCUGGCCGCACCCCAGGAUGCGAGCGCGUCUGGGGAUACAGUCCCUCGGAAGCGGGCCAGGCUGGGGGACACAGCCGGCCUUGGCCGCUUUUUCAUCCAGAAGGAGCCAGCAGCAGGCGGCGGCGACCCCGAGCGCGGCCCUUGGCCUGACCCUGGCCCUCCGGGUGCCAGCGGCGGCGGCCACCACAGGCUGGUGUGCUGCCCUGUGUGCCAGCGGGAGGUCCACGAGGGCUGCAUCAACGAGCACCUGGACGGCUGCCUCGUGGGCGAGGGCGAGGGCGGCAGAGUCGCACGCUGAGAGUCUCGGACCGGGAACGUGGCUCGCCCACCACCGGUGCCCCACCGCGCCAUCCACGUCGGGGGUUCUGGUGCAUACCGAGACCUGGCACUUUACAGUUGGGUCCCCACGGCGCCGAGUUCCGUGGACACGCACGCGUGCAAGGUCGUACAGCCCAAGUGGCUCAGGUCUGCUGCCACGCGCGGUGGCCAAGGGGGCUGCUCGCACGCCUGUGUGGCUCUGAGACGCAUUCUGUUGCUUUUGGAGGUUUUUCAGUCUUUUGAUCUUUUUACUUUUCGACUCUUUGAAAUAUUUAUAUGAGGAAUCCUGUCAGAUAGUUGGUUAAAUUGAAUAUUUUUUUACUAAUAUUUUUAUUAAUUUUAAAACUCAUUCAGAGAAAAUCUUCACAGUGGCAAACACAUUGACCAGAAAUACAACCUGGAGCUUAAAGUGUUAGUUGUUUUAAGGUACUAAAGCUUGUUAUUUUGGGGGGAGAUUUUUGGGGAAAAUCUUAGGAAAUAAUUCUAUGUUUCAAAGAAUGUUAUUGCUCUGUCCCACCUUUACUGAAGGGUGGCAGUGGGUUCAGGGUAAAGUGGAUGAUACAGUAAAACCAGUGUGUUGUGGGGUGUUACCAGUGACAAAUGGCCACUGUCACGCUGUGUCCAGAUUGUAUAUGGACUUUAGCUUUUUGUCACAGUUCAGUAAAGUGAGUGGUUAAAACUCAGUACCAACGGGUAGGUGGGACAGAACAGAGUUGUCUCUGGUGCCAGGAAGAUGGCCUGGAAACCGGCUCCGAGCCAGUUGAAGCAGUCACACUAAGAAAUGUCACUUGUACGUUUUACUAAGUAUCCCUUUGGACGAUGCUCUUUUCCGUAUUCGAUUUAGCGAGGACGCAGGGCCCUUCUGUCGGGUCACUGUCUCAUGGCCCACCUCAGUGUGCUGGCAUGUCCCCUCACCUUAGUUCACACAUUUUUUCUUACUCAUUGCCGUAUAGGAGCACAACUGAGUGCACAGCCGGCUACACUUUCUCUCAGUUCACUGUGUGACCGCCACCCAGACCAGGUCGGCCUCUCCACCGCCACAGAUGCUCCCUGGGCCCCCUGUCUGGCAGUCCCAGAGGUCACGCCUUUGAGCUCUUGGUCCGGCUUGUGUAGACUGGCCUUGACUUCGUGAACCAGGAGGUGUCUGUCGCUGUGUCUAGUAGGAACUCUUUUUCAUUGCUCUGUAGUAUUUGUAUGAAUAUGCCAGAAUUUUUUGUCCAUUUUUUUCUUUUUUAGAGUAACAAAACAUAUUUUACUAAAACAUAAGAUUUGCAUAAGUUUCCAGAAACGCCACACAAAAUGAUCACAAGCCUUGUUUUGGAAAGAGGACAUCCACACUGAACAGUGAAGUCACAGUGUCAUUAGUGAGGCUGUGAUGUUUAAUGCUCCCAUUCUGUUCAGACUUGUCCAGCCUCAGCAUAUAAAUUGAGAGAGAGCAUAUUUCCAAUGGACUGGUUAGUUGCUUUUCACUAAAAGCCAAAGGAAUUAGAUCGCCAGGAAAAGGGGGAAAGGAGCCCAUAAAAUGUAACUCCCCUUCCCCGAGAAGAGAUGAAAACACCCACAGCCUUGCAGCUAAGCCUGCAGCUGCCUUCGGGGGCUUUGCCCAGUCCACAGCAGGGAACGUCUAAGAGCGGGAGGGCCUACGAUGUCGGCGGUGACGGACACCAGAGCUACCUCACCUGGGCCAUGGGAACCAUGCUGCCGAUGACUUCUUCGUGCUUCUGUCGGUUGCACUCAGGGAUGGGCCGGCCGGUGGCGGGUGUAUUUAUGUCGGUUUAGUGACUUGUGCCCGUUUACAUCUGGCCAGCAGCAUAUAAGCACUUGUCAAUCUGUCAUUUCAGCCUGUCCAACUGGAUGUUUAAGUUUUAACAUUUCUUCAAGCAUGAAGAUAAACAGUAUUUAAUAAAUAUUUAUACAUAAA